GAGUUUCGGUGGGACGGUGUUGAAUGUGAGGCCGUCGCCGGUGGUGGCGGCGUUUAGCUCGAGGGGACCGAAUAUGCUGACGCAGCAGGUGUUGAAGCCAGACGUGAUUGAGCCGGUGGUUAACAUCUUGGCUGGGUGGUCGGAGGCUGUUGGGGCCACUGGUCCACCGGCGACGUUUAGCUCGAGGGGGCCGAAUAUGCUGACGCAGCAGGUGUUGAAGCCGGACGUGAUUGAGCCGGUGGUUAACAUCUUGGCUGGGUGGUCGGAGGCUGUUGGGGCCACUGGUUUGGACCAGGACACGAGGAACAUUCAGUUCAACAUCAAGUCUGGUGUGUGGAUUGAGGGAGCUAUGGGAAGGCAGUGGGAUCUGAUUUGCGGAUUGGGUGAGCAAGAGAGUUCUUUGAAUACCCCAUUUAGAUCUGGGAUAGACUCAACAGUGGCCAUCUUUGCUAGUGCAGCACUACCAGUGAAGAGGCCUUCGGAGGGGUCCAAGUCUGAGACCAGCAUCGAAGUACCAAGUUGCGGCGGUCCUGCCUGCGGAUGCUCGCCCUCUUGCGAAUGCAAACCUGAAUGCCACUGUGAGGGGUUUGCGAUAGACCCAAACACAGUGACCCUCGUUGCUAGUGUUGCACCACCGGUACUGAUGAUACCCUCUGAGGGGUCCAAGAAGAGCAUCGAAGCAGAGGAAGGGCAUCCUUCCAAAACUCGUAAUGACUGGGGACGAAUGCCAACCAUGCCAAUGUGGAGCGAUCAUGGAUCCUGCUGA